CCAAGUGAUAUGUGAUUGCAAGCGUUUUGGAAAUGAUGGCUGCUGCUGCUGCUGCUGGUCCAAGGCACUGAGAGAAAACAGUUGUUGCUUUACCCCAAAAAGGAUAAUGAAGAUAACAAAACUGUCGGGACUUCUCUCAGUGCAUUAUUGUUGCCACAGGCAAUUAUGAAAAGCCAUGCCAAGAGAAAAAUCGUGCCAAUGGCCUUCUAAUGUGUGUGUCUCUCCUUUAUAUCUCUUUCCCUCCCUCUUUAUUUCUCUUUCUCUCUCUUCUAGUUUUCCAGGACAUGCUGCUGGGUGAAUAAAUAACUGGCAGGACUAGAUUGGAGCGGCAAAGGGAACUGUUACGGGAACGGAAUGGAUGCUCGCCGGCAGAAGCGUCUUGGCCCAGCGCCAAUUGCAUCCUUCGAAAAGUCAUUUGAGGACAAUGCCACGACAAAUGCACAGCAGCAGCAGCAGCAGCAACAGCACCAACAGGAGCAAAAGCAACAGCAUCAGCACCAUACAGCGAUGAUGGAGCAGAGUAUGCGAAAACAGACGUCGCAGACAACGACGAACAGGAACAGGACUGCCGGCGGCAUAGAAGCCCCGAGCAUAGCCACAUCCGCAGCUCCAGCUUCAGCUGCAUCCUGCCCAGCAUCCGCCUCCGCCUCCGCCGCAUCCGCAUCCACCUCCUCCUCCUCGUCAUCGUCGGUGUCAUCGGCCACCUGUUCGGCGACCAUCGUUCAGGCAAAGCAACGUCCGCCGCCCCUGAAAACGGCCACGACGACGGUGACCACCACAUUGGUGAGCAGCAGCGAAGGCGGUCAGCCGCUGCCACCAACCGCUGGCGGUGGAGGCGUCACCACCGGUGGUCCAGGUGGUGGUCAUGCCGGUCCAGGUGCCAGUUAUCGCGGUGCAGCCACCUUGACCACACCCUCCACGCCCAGGAUCGAGCUAAGUCGAGCCUCCAGUUCAUCGCAUCACGAAGAGGAUAGCCGUGAGAGCAGUCCAGAGAAUGUGUUUGAACAGGCCAAACGCUCAUCGCCGCACAUCUUCAAAUUCGAUGACCACCAGAGCUACCUGCAGCAGCACCAGCGAAAGGACUCCGCCAGCUCCGAGGUGGCUGCCUUGCUGUGCAUCUCGGGCCGCACCAGUCGCAUCUCCAGCGUGGGGAGUCAGGGUUCGGCGGUCAGCCGCCUCUCGGCGGUAUCCGGUGUAUCACGCUCACCCUCGCCCCACCGCAUGCUCCUGGAGACCUCCUUUUGCGGUCCCAAACCCGUGGAAUUGGGCAGCACCGGCGGCGGUGGAGGAGGAGGUCCUGGCAGUGGCGCCUCAACGGCGGCCAGUUCAACGCACAGCCAAGCGGAGGCCGGCGGUAUGCCGGGUGCGGGCACUGUGGCGGCAAAUGCCGCACUCCUGGAGCAACUACUGUUGGCACGCAAACAUGAUCCCACACAGGCAGUGCUGGCCGAGGGUAUCAAGGUGCUGCCACCGGCUCCAGGUGCUUCACUCGGUGGCAGUGCCACCGCCUCUUCCACCGCCGCUGCCAGUCGCCGGAGCAGGCAACAUAAUGGGGAGAAGGAACCUUCAGGCGGAAAGCCAGCAGGCAGUACAUUAACAAUGGGCGCCCAGCGGCGGAGCACCAAGAGUCCUGGACAAAUGGUGGUGGGCAAGACGGCCAGUGGAACGGAAUACAUUAGGAUUAAUCUACGACCAGAUCACAUGUACAGUGACAAGGGAAUUGCGGCCAACGAAAGGGUGGUGGAGGCACCCAAUCAACUGGCUCCUGUGUACUCCAAACCCGCCUCUCUUAGCUUACAGGGAGGAGGAGGAGGAGGAGGAGCAGCUCCCCUGGAGGAUCAGCAUCAUAGGCUUACACCCACAGCAAGUCCCAAGCCAGGACGACGUCUCAACAGUCGCUCACCCUCACCAGCCACCGGAGGAGGUGGCGGUGGCACCGUUUCCCGCAAAAGCUCCUUUAGCUCCCUGUUCCGUCUCGGCAAAGACUCACCCGAUUCACCCAGAGAUUCAGCCAGAUCGCGCAGCAAAAGCAAGGAACGACCGGCCACAGCCUCAGGUGGAGGUUCGGGAGCAGGAUCAGGUACGGGAGGUGGCUCCCAGAAUGUCACGCCCAGCAAACAAAAAUCCGUUCUGGCCAUCUUCAAGCCCGGCAAACGGGGAAGUCAAAGCAGCAAAAGCUCCUCACCCAUAGAAUCCACACAAAUGGAUGCAGUGCCACCGCCACCACCACCUGCUCCCGGCUCUGCCGGCUCUCACAAUCGAACACCGGCUGGCUCAAGACCUGGAAGCAGGUUACGUUACUAUGAUGAACCCGUAGAGGGUUACAUUCACAUACCCCUGCACACGCCACCGGAUGAGCGGGAGGCGCGAUCCCUGCUGCAGGGCAUCCAACAGUUGGCUCAUGCCGCCCAGGCCAGCGUGGAUCCCUCACCGCUGCCCACCCACCGAGCUGUGGUCCAGCGUGGAGAGAGUCACACAACGGGUGGCGGCACCCAGGGAACCCAAAUCACAGCCAUUCAGCUGGCAGCAGCAGCAGCUGCCCUGCGUCCGGUGGCCCAAAGAACCAAGGUGGCUCAGCGACCAGAUCUCGAUGCCAUACAAUCGCUGCCCAGUCAAGAGGAUCCACCGGGCAUUGGCCCCGGUGAACUGCAGCAGAUCCAGGCAGUGCAAGCCAAUUGGAGUCUGGAGGUGCAAAGGCAUACAAGUAGCUCCCAGGAUUCCCAGGAAACCACAGCCGAAUCCGUGGUUAGUUCGGUGGUCAGUGCUCGGGCUGCUAACCUAGCUCAGCAGAGGGAACAGGCGGUGACAGCCACUUCCUCUGAGAUGCAACGUUUGCCCUCCGUGGAGAGUACACAGAGUGCCUGUGAACCCAGACUGGUGCACACAGUGGCCACUGUGAAUGCUCCCAAUCCUGAUCUGGAGACAGCUGCUGCCAAAGAGCGACGCCGGUUGCUAUUUGCCACCCGUUUGGGCUCUGGCAGCCAAGAGCAGCUCUUCUCCACACAAUUUAGCAUCUCAAAGACGGAGAGUCAAUCCAGCCAGCUCUCAGAGCAGGUGGAUCACUCCGGUGGGAGUACACCGGCCACCACAUCAACGUCCACGGCCACGGCCAUGGGAGCUGAUGGACUACAGCGACAGGGUACGGUUAUCCGACGGGUGGAACCAGUGGUGCCACCACCGCCACCCCCCAGGGGCAUAGGUACUUGUAGCUCCGAGGAGGAGCAGCAACCGGAGAAGCAAGUGAUAAUGCGAACCAAGCACAAAUCACGUCCCAGUUCCGAGGAUGAGGCUGCACCACCAGCGGAUCUUCGUCACUCCCGGUAUCUGGAGAACUUUGAUGUGCGCCGGAAGCUUCAUGAGAAUCUUCCAGACUCCACAGGGGAUGCCCCUGCCCAGACUGUUAUACCCAGGAAGCCCAAGCGACAGAGUGUACCCGAAAGCAGGCGUGAAACCCCGCCCAGUUAUAGUUCCGGCACUGUAACCCCCACCACGCCCACGCCCACGCAGGCAGCUCCUCAGCAGGUCACCCGACCAUCCCCGACUUCCACCAUGGCCAGCACAAUCACACCCAUACCGAUGGCUCCCCCAAGUGCUGAGCCAAGCUCUUCCUCCUCCUACAGGGAUGCACCAACCACAACCUGCUAUAAUGAUCCCUUGAACUCUGCCACAAGCACUCCAACAGCAACUCCUGAUCCCAUGCUGAUCUCACCGCCAGUUGAGCGAAGGCAUUCCCAGUCCACGGAUGAACACGAACCGGUGGAAUCAUCGGAAAGUGAAAGGGACUCCGAUAUGGCGGCCAGUUCUUCGGUCACAACAGCCGUGCCCGCUGGCGGGGAUUUGUCGGGCAAACGGCAUCAUCACAACUUUCCCCGCAAUGUGUGCGUCAUCGAGGAGCAUGAGAGCACCGGUUUGGUGUCCCAAGAAUCCUUUGACGAUGAGCUGCCCUACAUACCCACCACGCUGCCCGAGGAGCGGGCCCAAGGCGUACCCCUAAUCCCUAUGAGAGAACGAGCUAAUAUGGAGUUAAAGACAUGUCCUGUGGACAGGCCACGCUCUACCACGCCCCUAAAUCCAUCACAUUUGGAGGAAUACUGUACGGGGAUCAUGAUGCCUCAAGAAGGAUCUACAACAACCAUGGAAAUUGAUGGAAUGGGAACAGGAUUGGGAGCCAACGCAAUAAUGGUUACUGGUAUGGGCAAUGGCGCAGCCUUGGGAGGAACAGGCGCCAUCCUGAGCUCAGGAGGACCUCCUGUGCGUGGCGAGAAGCUAAGGAUAAGUCUGCCACGCAAAGAGUCCGUGGGCAAGGAGCGCAUCCAGAGCUCCAAGUCACCGCGUCGUGUGUCCAAUGCCAGUGGCAAAUCCUGGUUUGAAUUCGCCGAAGAAGGACUGCGUGCCAACAAUAAUCUAGAGCGCAAGGACUCGGCCAAGCAGCUUCUCCCUGUGGUCACACCACCUCCACAAGCUCAAUCUCAAUCCCAAUCCCAAUCGUCGUCCCGAGCACCAACCUCAAACCUGGAGGAGCCCAAACCAAAGGCCUCCACACAACGUAAACUUUCCGGUCAUUGGAUUGACUUUGAGAACAUCCCCGAGAAGCGAAAGCCGGCCAAGCGGAUCACCACACUGCCCAAGGAGACCCUGGCCAGCAGCAGUGCUGCCAAUGCCGCAGCCACCACCAGUUCCUCAUCCGCCUGCGGCAGUCAUCAUCGUUCCGGCUCUGGCCAUCAUCAUCAUCAUCAUCAUCACCAGAACCAGCAGCAGCAUCAGAGCAAGACAUCCACAGAUGGUGGCGACAAGUUGCACUACAACUAUGUCAAGCCGGAGGAUUGCCAAUGUGAGUGCCAUGAGGCGGAACGUGUUGAAUCCGGUGCAGGGGAUAUCAGCACGGGAACGGGCACGGAAACGGGUCCCAGCACAGGCACGGGAACCGGAACCGGAAGUGAAUCCCUGGCCUCGGUGGAGCUUCUGCAGCAUGGCGAGGAUAUGUUGCCACUGCUCGAACCGGAAGUCACACAUGCCGAUGGCCGGAUCUAUGGCGAUGAGGAUCAGAUGGCGAUGCGUCACAGUGGCAACAACAAGGGUGGCAUUAAUACCAGGCACGACGAGUUCCCACGCCGCGACACCGGCUCGAGUCCUCGCACUCGUAAAUUUCCCGAUAGAAAGUAAGAAGCGAUGAUGAUCUCCAGGAAAAACAAAAAACAACAAAAAAGAAAAAACACAACAACAAAAACCUAUCUCUAUAUGUAAGUGGCGUCACUAAGCUAAGGGCCCUCCUUCCUGGCCUAUAUCCUUAAUGUACCUCAAGCCGAGUGGUUGUUAAAUGUGCGGAAGCGGAAGUGCAAUCGAAAGCGGAAACGGAAGCGGAAGCAGUGCGAUGCAAUAAUGCCUCGUCCGUAUUCACUCACACUUUCGACUCCAUUUAGUUAAACUCAAUACUGAAUACAUAAACAUACGAUAACGGUAAUGAUAACGAUAACGAUAACGAUAAAUAUGCAUACGAUACUCGAUACAUAUAGCUCAUGAAUGUACAUGGUUAGGAGUAAUUUUUUUGAUAGCAACAAUUAAAAUUACAACCACUCAGACUCACACUCACACUAUAUAGCAAUGAUCCUGAUCGUUUGAAUCCUUAGAUACUUUUCGCUGGCAAUUUAACUAAUAAUGUGAUCUCAGAUAUGUAGAUCCCGAUUUGGACUUUAGGCUAUAAGUCUCGGUGUGUGUAUUUGUUGUGCGUGUGUAGUUUUUGUUAACUAGCUCAGACAAAUCCAGGACUCUCAGACUAUGGGCUUUACUGUGUGUGUGUUGUGGAGGAGAUCUCUAUAAAACAAAUAUAUACAUAUACAUAUAUAUCCUCCCAUAUAUCCCUAGUAGUUAACAUAUGUGUGUAUCAGGAUUGUCACGGAAAUGUAUCUGUAUCUUGAAAAUCUUUUAAACUGCAGGUCAAAAUAAUGAUAUGAAAUAUCAUAGCAUACUUUUUAUCUGUAAUUAUUAUUGAUUUUUAACUCUACAGAGAUUUUUGUGACUCUCCUGCAUAUAUAUUUUUGAAAGAGUUAUAAUCGUAGCCUGAUUCAUAUAGCCUUCAUAGUUCAGUUGAAGCGUUAGUUAGUUAGUUUAGCCAGAGUUUGUAAAUACAUAAGUCUUAACUAGAUUACCAGUAUUUAAUAGAGUGUGUUUUCAUUUAAGUUUUUACAUUUUUUUUAAUUUUUUUUAAGAAAGAAUA